AUGGGUUCUCACGCCAGCUUAACACCAGAGCAGACUAAGCUCAUCAAAGCCACAGUACCUGUAUUGGUCGAACAUGGUGGCACUAUCACAUCAGUCUUCUACGACAAUCUCCUCAGAGAGAACCCAGCAUUGAACAAUGUUUUCAACACUCCCAACCAGAAGAAUGGCCACCAGCCUCGUGCAUUGGCUGGCGCACUAUUCGCAUACGCCGCUAACAUCGACAACCUGGGUGCCCUCGGUCCUGCCGUGGAGUUGAUCUGCAACAAGCACGCUUCCCUCUACAUUCAGCCCGAGGCCUACGAAAUUGUCGCCAAGUACCUGCUAGAAGCCAUGGGCCAGGUUCUCGGUGACGCUCUCACACCCGAAAUCAAGGACGCUUGGGCAACUGCCUACUGGCAAUUAGCUGAUAUCAUGAUCGGCCGCGAGAAGCAGAUCUACCAGCAAAACGACGGAUGGACCGACUGGCGCGAGUUCAAGAUUUCCGAUAAGGUCAAGGAAUCCGAGGAGAUCACCUCUUUCUACCUUGCUCCUGUUGAUGGCAAACCCCUACCAUCCUUCCGUCCUGGCCAAUACAUCUCGGUGCAGGUUUACGUGCCCGAGCUGAAGCACCUGCAGCCCCGUCAGUACUCUCUCAGUGAUAAGCCUAACCCUGAUUACUACCGAAUCAGCGUGAAGAAGGAGAAGGGAUUAAACACUGCCGAGUCUGGCGCUACUGCUCACCUCGGAUACGUCUCCAAUCUCCUUCACGAUUCUUUCAACAAGGGUGAUACCCUAAAGGUUUCUCACCCAUGUGGUGAUUUUUUCCUCUCAACCGACGAAUCCUCAAGCCCUGUUGUGUUGAUCUCCGCUGGCGUCGGUCUCACUCCUCUUACCUCCAUUCUCAACACAUUGACCUCCAAGUCGGCUGACCGCAAGCUGCACUUCGUUCACGGUUCUCGUACCUCCAGCGUGCGUGCAUUCAAGGAGCACUUCGCCGACUUGACAACCAAGAACCCCAACCUUCAGACCACUUUCUUCACCAGCCACCCAUCUGAGGAGGACAAGGAAGGUAUUGACUACACUUUUGCCGGCCGUGUCGACCUCGACAAGCUGGAGUCCAAGGAUCUUUUCGUCGAUGUCCCAGAGGCUACCUACUACAUCUGUGGUCCGGAGAAGUUCAUGACAGACAUGGAAGCUAGUCUGAAGAACAAGGGUGUCAAGGCUGCUCACAUCAAGAUGGAGCUUUUCGGCACUGGUGGUGUUGCGCAGUGA